UACCAACAAGGCUGGAGAAGCCUUAAUAUAUUUAGUUUGUUCAGAGAUUUCAUAGAAUCAACACGAAAAUUUUACACUUUUUGAGUUCAUGAGGACAAAAUAGGAAAAACUUUUUCUUAAUUUUUAUUUACGAUCUAAAUUUUUUGGAAUUACAAAUGGCUUCUCCGAAUGGGCCUCCAAAAAAACCCAUGGGUUCGUUUAUGAUUUGGAUGAGCACUUGCGGGCGAAAGAAGAUCAAGGCAGAACAUCCAGACUACAAGGUAACAGAGGUUGCAUCCCUAGGAGGCAAAAUAUGGCAUCAGAUGUCCAAUGAGGACAAGUUUGUGUGGAAGAAGAAGGCUGCUUUGGCAAGGAGCGAUUAUAGUAGUCAGCUUCAGUUAUAUGUGGCAAAGAAUCCACGAUUGAAGGCUAGCGGCGCUAUUUACAAGCGCGGAAGGGCUCGACCACUGCCGAAAGUUUCCAUUAGAAGGAAUUCCAUGUCGGAGCCCGCCAUAGCUGGUCAUUCGUCGACUGUCAUUGAGAGUGCCUAUUGUCAUUCAAAGGAAGAGACCUUUUCCAGUCAGUUUCAGGUAAGUCUGGAAAACAAUCCACAAAUGAAGGCUAGCCUCACUUUUUACAAGCGCGAAAGGACUCGACCACAGCCGAAAGUUUCCAGGACAAGGUAUUCCAUGUCGGAGCCGGCCAUAGCCGGUCGUUCGUCGACUGUCAUUGAGAAUGACCAUUUCCAUUUUAAGGAAGAGACCUGUUCCAGUAGUGGUUACUGCAGUUUUGAAUGCAAGUUUUAAACGUUACGCCCGUUUACUUGUUUAAAUUUUUGUUUCAAAAUCUUGCGUGACAAAUCGGAAAAAUGACCAAUGGGACAAAUACACAAAGACUCUUGUUUCUGUAGCUGUUAAAGACCAUUUUACAAAAUAUUUGAUAUAACGUAAUUUAAUGUUGAAAGUGAAUAUUAAUAUUAAAUAUAUGUUUAGGACUGAUGCAGUAAUUUUAAAA